AUGUCCGGUCUUCAUGAUGAGAACGGUGGGCCUCCUGAAUACCCUCCCGACUACACUCUAGACGACCUCAACGGACCUCAGUCAACUCUCAACACAGAUAUACACUUCGCUGAUUCACUAGAAAAGAAACGUCUCUGGUGGAGGAAUGCCGUCAUCAAUGCUGCUUUCAUAGCAUCAUGGUUUACAUUUGCGAUUGUCAUAUCCUUGUAUAACAAAUGGAUGUUCUCUGCGGACCACUUUGCCUUUCCAUAUCCCCUUUUCGCCACGACAGUUCAGAUGUUCUUUCAGUUCUGUUUCGCUGCGAUCAUGCGAUACGGUUGGCCUCGAAAAUUUCGCCCAAAACACGUUCCAUCUCGUGCUGACUAUGGACGCAAAGCCGUCCCAACAGGCAUCCUGACCGGUCUGGAUAUUGGUCUUUCGAAUUUGUCCCUCAAAACGAUCACCCUUUCGUUCUAUACCAUGUGCAAAUCCUCUUCCCUUAUCUUCGUUCUUCUCUUCGCCUUCCUUUUCCGCCUCGAAAAGUUCUCAUACCGUCUAGUCGGCGUCAUCUUCCUCAUCUUUAUCGGUGUUCUCCUGAUGGUUGCGACUGAGACCCACUUCGUUCUCUCCGGCCUCAUCCUAGUUCUCUCAGCUAGCGCAUCUGGUGGCUUGCGCUGGAGUCUCACGCAAGUUCUUCUCAAAAAUAAAAAGAUGGGGCUGGAUAACCCUGCCGCUACUAUCUUUUGGCUGUCUCCUGUAAUGGGUGUGUCACUAGCAAUUGUCAGUGUCGCUGUGGAGAGCUGGACGACACUGUUUCGAAGCCGCUUUUUGAGCGGUUUGACAGAGACGCUCACAACAACCGUCUCCCUUUUCGUACCUGGUGUCUUGGCUUUUAGUAUGGUCUUGAGUGAGUAUUACAUCAUACAACGAAUUGGAGUUGUUCCCAUGUCGAUCGCUGGGAUAGCAAAAGAAGUUACUACUAUCACCAUCUCGGCUUGGGUUUUCGGUGACGAGCUCACACCUCUCAACAUUACUGGCGUCGCAAUUACGAUAUGUGGUAUCGGCUUGUUUACGUACCACAAGUACCGAAAGUCCAUGGAUUCCUCAGUACCUCUGGAUGUCCAUGGAAAUCCAGUUACAGACGAGGAUGGUGACAUGGAAGACGGAUCUCUUCUUGGUUCCAGUCACGAGACCACUCCCCUCGUUUUAUCGAGUACGGAGCAAUUCGACAGGGAUGAUCGACAAGGCACAGAGAGUCGCGGCGUUCCUGUUUUGUUCUCAGCUGAUGGUCAAGAGGAUGAGGAGCAUCUCUAUUCUUCUGAAGAUGGUCAUCGUCGUCGAGGAUGAUCCCUCCUCCCACACAGCCAUUUUGAUGAUGAACCUUCGCAAGCAGGGAUGAGGAUAGGUUCUCGACGGUGUUUACGGAGACUCGGUCUGAUGAUAUAUGUUUGGCCCAUAUUGCUAAGUGUACUCAACUUUCUUUAUAAUGAAUUGCAUGUAGACGAAGGCCAUGAAAUCUAUCCCGACUCACCCUCC